AUGCAGACCAAAACUUUUAUACACCAACUCCAUGGUAUACUGCAGCAGACGGAGUUGUGCCGGUGGAUUUGGUGGUCAGAGGAAGAAGAUGGGGUUUUCGUACUAAGGCCGUACGAUGGCGAGUUUUCUUCCAAAGUAUUGAAACGGUUUUUCAAACACGGAAAUGUGAGCAGUUUUGUUCGGCAACUUCAUAUGUAUGGCUUUCACAAGCUCAACGCACAAUCGCAGGUGCGACCUAGCAAAGAUGCGGUGGUGUGGGAGUUUUCACAUCCGUCCGGACGCUUCCGUAGCGAUAGUUCCAUGUCGGAGCUAAGUGGGAUACAACGCAAAAGCAGCGGUGUGGGUAAAGAUGGCAAACGCAAGAACGUGCUCUCGCCCGUGUGUGUGAACUAUGUCGAGACAGGGCCUCGAUUGGUCGCUACGGGAACUGGGCCGGUGCCGCACCAGCAGCAAGUGAUAAACGCACAAACUUCGUCACAGACGAGCGUGGAUCUGCCCGGUGGCGAUUCUAAUCGUGAUAGCCUUCAACCUCUCCCAAAGACUAUAUCACCGUUACCCAGUCUGCGAACUACUCUUGCAACACCUGUGGUUCCAGAGAAGGGGUUUCCGUCAUCUUCACCGGAUGCUUUACCGCAGCAGCUAUCAGUGGAGCCUGGAUGCUCCAAUCCUGCUACUGUUCCCUUGCUCCCUACUCCGGUUACGGGCGCUCCACAUCCCGCUUUGACUCCUCAGAGUUUUUCGAACCUGGAAUUACACCAUUUUAAUGCUAAUCUGAGCAUCCUCCAAAGAUGCAUGGUAGGGAUGCUUGAUCUCUUACAACAAAUUCCGAAUGCCUCAGCGACUGAUGCGAAUGGGAUGGUCUCCACACUACAAUCUCUCAAAAAUGAGAUCAUUAAUGUCGAUACUAGAUGGACUCACUUAAGAUACCCGAUUCUAUCCACACAUUCGAGUUUCAGCAGCAUAAAUUCUUCGGUUUCGCAUCAUCCUAGUGGUAAUGAUAGUAGAUUUCCAAGCCUCUCUUCUCAGAAAAAUUCGAUUUUUAGUAAUCCGCGCUUUAGCAACGUCAGUAAUGUACGCGGUUCUUCGAGCAGUGUCAGUGGAACGACAACGCAGUUUAGCGGCGCUUGGAACACUAUGGAUCCCAACAGGAAAAAAUGA